CGGAUUUGUGCCCGCGGUGGGGCGGGGGGGGACGAGAGCGAGAGGGAGAGCCGCCGAGAGACAUGGAUGGCCCGGCGCGAUGCAACGGGCUUCGGAAGAAGCGGCGAUCGCGGUCCCAGCGCGACCGGGAGCGGCGAGCCCAGGGCGGGCGGCGCGGCGCUGCCGCCGGAGGGGCUCCCGGCCCCGGGGCCGCCCCGGCGCUCUCCUCCUCGGGCUCCGAGAAGGAAGACAAUGGGCCCCCACCGCCGUCCCGGCCGCGGCCCCCCCGGAGGAAGCGGCGGGAGUCGUCCUCGGCCGAAGAGGACAUUAUCGACGGUUUCGCGAUGUCCAGCUUCGUCACUUUCGAGGCGCUGGAGAAGGACGUGGCUCUGAAACCUCAGGAACGCGUGGAGAAGCGGCAGAAUCCUCUGGCCAAGAAGAAACGGGAAGCACUUACCAAUGGGCUGUCAUAUCUUCCGAAAAAGAACAGACUUCACCACCACCAGUACAGCUCUGACCGAGAAAACGAUCGCAAUCUUUGUCAGCACCUUGGGAAAAGGAAGAAAUUACUGAAGGGCCUCAGACAGCUCAAGCCAGGUCAGAACAGCUGCCGAGACAGUGACAGUGAAAGCGCCAGCGGGGAAUCGAAAGGUUUCCAUCGAAGUAGCUCUCGGGAAAGGCUCAGUGAUAGCUCAGCUCCUUCCAGCUUGGGAACAGGCUACUUUUGUGACAGCGACAGUGAUCAAGAAGAAAAGGCAUCUGAUGCCAGCUCUGAAAAACUGUUCAACGCUGUUACAAAUAAAGAUAAAGAGUUAGGAGUCAGUACGCUCGCUGAAAAUGCCGACCCUGGUGCUAGGGGGCCAGCUGUCCCGAAGAUAUCAGGACUAGAGAGGAGCCAAGAGAAGAGCCAGGACAGCAGCAAAGACCCAAUACUUGAGCCCGUGGUGCCUAAAGACCCCUGCCCUCAGGUGGCCCAGCCUCUGGCCCAGCCCCAGCUGGAACCGCAGCCGGAGGUACCUUGCCCCAGCCCCGCGCUCGCCCCACGGCCGGAGGCUCCGGCCCCACCAGCCCCACCGCCGACCGCACAGCUGCCUCCAGCCCCGGAGGAACCCAGCCGUCCACCCGCGCCGCAGCCUCCCGUGCAGCACCCGCCGCGGCCGCAGUCCCCGGUGCAGCCGGCCCACCCCAACCUCCCUGCAGUGCAGCCCCAUCCGGCCGCUCAGAGCCUCUCGCAGCCGCUCUCUGCCUACAACAGCAGCAGUUUAAGCCUCAACAGCUUAAGCAGCAGCAGAAGCAGCACUCCUGCCAAGACUCAGGCUCCCCCUCCACACAUAUCUCACCACCCCUCCGCCUCACCAUUCCCCCUCUCUUUACCAAGCCACAGCCCACUGCAUACCUUCACGCCCACCCUCCAGCCCCCCGCACACCCACAUCACCCCAAUAUGUUUGCCCCUCCUACGGCUUUGCCUCCUCCACCUCCAUUGACGUCAGGGACCCUGCAGGUUCCAGGACACCCAGCUGGUAGCACUUACUCAGAACAAGAUCUUCUCCGUCAGGAACUAAACACGCGGUUUUUGGCCUCGCAGAGCGCGGAUCGCGGGGCCUCGCUGGGCCCACCGCCGUACCUGAGGACCGAGUUCCACCAGCACCAGCACCAGCACCAGCACACACACCAACACACACACCAGCACACCUUCACGCCUUUCCCUCACGCCAUCCCACCCACUGCCAUCAUGCCGACGCCAGCACCGCCCAUGGUGCGUACCCCAGGCAGAAAUUUUGACAAAUACCCUACAAAAGUUGACCCCUUCUACCGUCACAGUCUGUUUCACUCCUAUCCUCCAGCUGUAUCAGGUAUUCCUCCCAUGAUCCCUCCGACGGGCCCCUUUGGCUCACUCCAAGGAGCAUUCCAGCCCAAGACUUCCAAUCCUAUCGAUGUUGCAGCCAGACCUGGAACUGUCCCACAUACCCUCCUACAGAAAGAUCCACGGUUGACAGAUCCGUUCAGGCCCAUGUUGAGGAAACCGGGGAAGUGGUGCGCUAUGCACGUCCACAUCGCCUGGCAGAUUUACCAUCACCAACAGAAAGUCAAGAAACAGAUGCAGUCAGAUCCACACAAGCUGGACUUCGGCCUGAAACCUGAAUUUCUGAGCAGGCCCCCAGGCCCCAGCCUUUUUGGAGCCAUCCACCACCCCCAUGACCUGGCCCGGCCCUCGACUCUCUUCUCUACAGCCAGUGGGGCUCAUCCAGCCGGCACCCCUUUUGGUCCUCCACCUCAUCACAGCAACUUUCUCAACCCAGCUGCUCAUUUAGAGCCUUUCAAUCGACCAGCUUCCUUCAGCGGUCUCACUGCAGUGGGUAGCAAUGCCUUCGGGGGACUCGGCAACCCAACAGUCACACCCAACUCAAUGUUCGGCCACAAGGAUGGCCCCAGUAUGCAGAGCUUUAGCAACCCUCACGAGCCCUGGAACCGACUGCACCGAACUCCUCCUUCGUUCCCGACCCCUCCGCCCUGGCUGAAGCCAGGAGAGCUGGAGCGCAGUUCAUCUGCUGCAGCUCAUGACAGAGAUAGAGAUGUAGAUAAACGAGACUCAUCUGUUAGUAAAGAUGACAAAGAAAGAGAGAGCAUUGAGAAAAGACACUCCAGCCAUCCUUCGCCAGCACCUAUCCAUCCAGUAAACUCCCUCGGACAUAAUCGCAGCUCCAGUGAGCAGAUCAGGAGCCAUCUGAAUCCUGAGGUUCGAGAAAAAGAGAAACCCAAAGAGCGAGAGAGGGAUCACUCCGAAUCUCGGAAGGAAAUUAAUGUUGAAGAGCACAAGGUGAAGGACAGCUAUAUUUCAGAGAAAGAAAGCCUGAGCCAUGAAAGCCGGGUGGUGGAAGAGUCGAAGCAAAUGUCCAGGGUUCCUUCACCCUAUGCUAGGCCACCUGUUGUGGAAAGCAGCAGGCCUAACAGUACUUCAAACCGUGAGGCUGAGAGGAAGAAUGAGCCAGCGUACGAUAAUCCGAAGAAAAGCAAUGAAGUCAAAGUGAAGGAGGAGCGAAAGGAAGACCACGAUGCUCAACAUGAGGGACCUCAGACUCACAGGUCGUCUGAUCAGCCACCGCCUAUAUCUACAUCUAAUGUCCAUCCAAGUCCUUUAGUGUCUAUGCCCAUGACGGUGGGUGUAACUGGGAUACAUCACAUUAACAGCAUCAGUGGCCUGGAUAGGACUCGCAUGAUGACCCCGUUUAUGGGCAUUAGCCCAAUUCCUGGUGGAGAACGCUUCCCCUAUCCUUCUUUCCACUGGGAUCCAAUGAGAGAUCCCUUGAGAGAUCCUUACAGAGAACUAGAUAUUCAUCGGAGAGACCCCCUGGGCAGAGACUUUUUGCUAAGAAAUGACCCCCUUCACCGUCUUUCUACGCCAAGGUUAUAUGAAGCCGACAGAUCGUUCAGGGAUCGGGAACCUCACGACUACAAUCACCACCACCAUCACCACCACCCUCUCUCCGUUGACCCUCGACGUGAGCAUGAGCGGGGCAACCACUUGGAUGACAGGGAGCGGUUGCACAUGCUCAGAGAGGACUACGAACAUGCACGCCUGCACUCAGUUCACCCGGCCGCCUUGGAUGGACACCUGCCUCACCCGAGCCUCAUCACACCAGGACUUCCUAGCAUGCACUACCCCAGAGUCAGUCCCCCGACAGGACACCAAAACGGUAUCCUCAAUAAAACUCCCCCCACAGCAGCUCUCAGUGCCCCUCCACCACUUAUUUCUACGCUGGGGCCUCGGCCUGGGUCUCCGAGAAGGACUACUCCUCUGUCAGCAGAGAUGAGAGAGAGGCCUCCUUCUCACACCCUCAAGGACAUCGAAGCUCGAUAAGCAGAGCGAGACUAAA